UAACGGGCGGAUUUUUCAAAAUGGAAGAAAUGGCAAAGUUUUGGAGGGGAAAGCGACAGCGACAUUUAAUCUCUCUCUGAAGACACCUGUACCGACGAUUGAUGUACUCCGACGACAGAGGGACAUUAUUACAGACUUGCAUGCAUCGGCGAGGACAAAACCCGGCACGAUGAGUGUAUCGAUCGGCGAUAAAAUUGAGGAUUUUAAGGUCCUCACCCUCCUUGGCAAAGGCUCCUUUGCAUGUGUUUACCGGGCAAAAUCGGUGAGGACCGGUCUGGAAGUUGCUAUCAAAACGAUCGACAAAAAAGCAAUGCACAAAGCUGGCAUGGUUCAGCGUGUGACAAACGAGGUGGAGAUUCACUGCCGACUGAAGCAUCCAUCAAUACUCGAGCUGUACAACUACUUUGAGGACAGCAACUAUGUGUAUCUGGUGUUGGAGAUGUGCCACAAUGGAGAGAUGAGUCGGUAUCUUAAAGAGCAAAAGAUGACUUUCUCUGAGGAUGAAGCAAGACAUUUUAUGCAUCAGAUAGUGAAAGGAAUGCUCUACUUACACACUCAUGGCAUCCUGCACCGAGAUCUGACCUUGUCCAACCUCCUGCUGACCAGCAACAUGAACAUUAAGAUAGCAGACUUUGGCCUGGCCACUCAACUCAAACUCCCAAAUGAAAAGCACUUCACCAUGUGUGGGACGCCCAACUACAUCUCCCCGGAGGUGGCCACUCGCAGUGCCCACGGCCUGGAGUCGGACGUCUGGUCACUGGGGUGCAUGUUCUACGCCUUCCUGAUGGGUCGCCCUCCGUUCGACACGGACACAGUGAAACACACUUUGUCAAAAGUGGUUCUCGGGGAAUAUGAGAUGCCCACCCACGUUUCUCUUGAGGCUCAGGACCUGAUACACCAGCUGCUGCAGAGAGACCCCACCCAGCGGCCCAGUCUCUCUGCAGUACUGGACCAUCCUUUCAUGACCAAGAGCCUGCUGGUCAGGACCAAAGAGCUGGGCAUGGGGGAUGAAGGAUCCAUGGACAGUGGCAUUGCCACCAUCUCCACAGCCUGCACCUCCUCCACCUCAGCCGCCAGCAGCAGCAGCCGCCUCCAGAGGCGAACCAGGCACAUGAUUGGCUCGGCCCUGCCCAAUCGCAUGAUGCCCAUUCAGAGUCUUCCACGCCAACCCGACAGCGCUUGUUUUGAGGAUGGAGACCAGUGGGAGCACCAGCACCCUCCGGACAGAUUUCAGAGAGAGGGCAGGAGCAGGGCGGUUAACGGCGGAGAAAGCGGGCAGCCUCAUUCUCGCUAUUUGAGGAGGGCUCACUCUUCAGACCGCUCCAGUUCUUCUGCCCCAGGCCAGAGUUCAGGCCAUGCUGAGCUGGGGAGAUGCCACUCAGAGGAGAGUCUGACCGGUGUGGGACGGCCUAUCUUCCCCAUGUCCUCCACUCCACACCCAUUUUCAGAGCACGGAAGGCUUCCCUCUCCCCCCGUCAAACAGUCGGCAAAUUCUGGGUAUUUAUCCACAGAGACCUUACAUCCACCAAACUUGCAAUUUCAGGACAUGGAGGGAGUUUCAAAUUGGCUCAACAAUGACGUUUCGGGACAGAGGCCAACAGAUGGCAGCACUCACAGCGGUAGCGGCAGCUUCCACAGCAGCAGGGGACCGUUGGGGGUUCACAACUCGUGGUCAGACAAGCCCGUGGGCCGAAACGUGAACCCUCACCACAACCAGCACCACCCGCACCACCUUCUCCCCUCCGACCCCGACUCAUACAGGGAGAACAUACCCGGAGCAGAGUUCCAGCCUCCUCACAGCAGAGAGUCAAAGCCCCCCGCAUCCAAACCCAGCACAGAAAAGCAGAAGAAAACUUUGAGAGACGUCGUCCCACCUUUGUGUGCAGCCAGACUGAAGCCCAUCAGACAGAAGACCAAAAAUGCUGUUGUGAGUGUCCUGGAAACGGGUGAAGUGUGCAUGGAGUUGUUGAAAAGCCAGAGCGGUCAAGAAAGAGUCAAAGAAGUCCUUCGGAUUUCCGGUGAUGGGUUGAUGGUGACAAUAUACCAGCCUAAUGGAGGAAAAGGUUUUCCUGUUCUGGACCGCCCCCCGGCUCCUCCAGAGGAUAUUCUUAUUUGCAGCUACGAGGACCUUCCAGAGAAGUACUGGAAGAAAUACCAGUACGCCUCCAAGUUUGUGCAGCUUGUUAAAUCCAAGACGCCUAAAGUGACUCUUUACACCAAGUACGCUAAAGUCAUGCUGAUGGAGAACACUCCCAAUGCAGACCUGGAAGUCUGCUUCUACGAUGGAGCAAAGACGCACAAGACGUCGGAGCUGGUGCGAGUGGUGGAGAAGAGCGGGAAGUCGUGCACGGUGAAGGGAGAGGUUGGUCUGAGCGGCCUGAGCCCGGAGAGCCGCGUGUAUGUGGAGCUCUCUGACGAAGGACACAACAUGUGUCUGUCGCUGGAGGCGGCCAUCGCAGCAGAGGAGCAGCGCAGCACCAAGAACGUCCCUUUCUUUCCCAUCACUAUUGGCAGGAGACCUGCCAGCUCAGACUCCCCGUGCUCAUCCAAUCCGCCGCCUCCUGAUACAACGUCACCUCUGAAACCUCCGCAAAUCACUCCUUCAAUGAUUUCCUACGAUGGCUCAGAUUUCACCACGGCCAGCCUCACCAAGAAAAGCUCCCCGCUGCGACAGGACCUGGUUCAGAGCGCGGGAAAGGUGGUCAAGUCCAUAUUUGUGCCCAAUGUUGGAUGGGCCUCCCAGCUGACGAGCGGAGAGGUGUGGGUGCAGUUCAACGACGGGUCUCAGCUGGUGGUUCAGGCUGGAGUUUCCUGCAUCUCCUACACGUCUCCAGACGGGAGGGUCACCAGGUAUAAGGAAAAUGAGAAGUUGCCGGAACACGUCAAGGAAAAGCUUCACUGUCUGUCGACCAUCCUUGGACUGCUGGCGAGCCCGUCAUCACAUCACCUGCAGCCUCAUUAAUGCAGCAGCACUGAAACCCGGAAGUAGCAUUAUUAACCCUUUUACCCUCACAUCUCUGGUGUUCUUGUAAAUAUAUCUUCUAUCUGAUUGUGUUCUCUUUUUUUUUUUUUUUUUUACAUGUACAGAAGACUAAGAUUAUGAAAAGAUAUAUUUUUUAUUUUAUUAAGUGUUUUGUAACGUGUCUGAAUUGGCCCUGUGGGAAAUGUUUGUCCUUUUUACUGUCUCCAAAUCUAUGAAAUGUGCGUCUGAAGCAAUAAACACCUGGAGGCUUGGCUUGAGAAUCGCUGCA